GCGUUCGAGUUCACGCUAAGCAUCGUCAUCGCCCCAUCGGUCCGUCGUUAGUGCCCCUCGCUCCCUCGGAAAACCCUCUCCUCUCCCCUAUCCUCUCGUCUCCCCCCACCCCGCCGCGAUCAACCGAGACCCACCGCCAUGACGAGCGACGACGAGGAGGCGUGCGACUACUUCUACGACGACGACGACGACGCCGAGGAAGACGCCGCCGCCGGACUGGAGGAGGACUCUUCGCUUCCAACGCCGGAGGGCCGCGCGGACUACUGGAAACAAGAUCUGUCUACGGUGAUGAACUUGCUCAAUAUAAAUCAACAUCAAGCACGAGCCCUCCUCAUUCACCACCGAUGGAGUAUGGAUGGCAUCUAUGAUUCUCUAGACAUGGGGCGAGAACGCAUGCUCAGAAAUUCAGGGAUCGUGCUGCAGGAGGUCAACAGCAUUGCAGCAGCUGGCUCAAUGACACCAUGGAGAACAGUGACCUGCAAAGUGUGUUUUGAGGACUUCUCCAUGGAUGCUGUUUCGACCAUGGACUGUGGGCACUGCUUCUGCAAUGACUGUUGGACGGAGUAUUUCCACGCUGCGGUAGAGAGCGGGAAAAAGCAAAUUCGGUGCAUGGAGGUCAAGUGCUCGGCUUUCUGCGAUGAGGACCUCGUGCGGUUUCUCCUUGUCCAAAAGUAUCCAGACAUGGCCAAGAACUUCAAUCGCUUCCUGCUUGGGUCCUACCUUGAGGACAAUGCCUCUGUGAAGUGGUGCCCUAGCACCCCGAACUGUGGCCAUGCCAUUCGCGUGGGCACUGAUGAGCGCUGCUGUGAGGUGGAAUGCCCCUGCGGCUUAAGCUUCUGCUUUAACUGCAUGGGGCAUGCGCACUCGCCUUGCCCGUGCACCAUAUGGGAGAAAUGGAAUGCCAGCCGGUCCGAGGGAGAGAACAUCAAGUGGAUCCUCGCUAACACCAAGAGCUGCCCCAAAUGCUUCAAGGCCAUCGAGAAGAACGGCGGCUGCAACCUUGUCCGCUGCAAGUGCGGACAGUGUAUGUGUUGGCUCUGCGGCGGAGGUACCGGCCAAGAUCACACGUGGAACAGCAUUACCGGCCACAGCUGCAACCGCUACGAGGAGGAGAUCUGUGUAGAGACCGUGCACACCGGCAGGCAGCAGAUGCAGCGGUACAAGCACUACCACGACCGGUUCAAGAUCCACGGCGACUCGUCGUACGGCGUGGAGAAGCAGAAGCUUGGGGCGGCCAUCGAGGAGCGGGUGCGGCUUCUUGAGUCGGACCGCGAGCGCCCGCUCGCCAUCCGCGACGGCGACUGGCUGACCCGGGCGCACCGGCGGCUGCUGGUUUCUCGGCAGGUGCUGUCGCGGUCGUACGUGUUCGCAUACUACAUGUUCGGCGGCCACGAGCUGCGGACGCGCCCGGCCGAGCGGGCGAACCUGGGCGUGGCGCGUAACCUGUUCGAGCACCAGCAGGAGCAGCUGGAGCGGCACGUAGAGCACCUGUCCAGGUCGCUCGCGGAGUCGGCCGACCUGGCGGGGGCUCCGGACGCGGAGAUCGUGAAGCAGAAGCAGACGGCGAUCACGCUCACCAAGACCGUGGAGCGGCUGUGCGGGGAGAUGUACAAGUGCAUCCAGGACGAGCUGCUGACGCUGCUCGUGGAGCCCAUGAGCAUCGCGGCGUACAGGCCGGACGGCCCCGACAGAGCGAAGCCCGCGAUCUGAUGGGGUGGGGCCGUGGGGGGCUGUCUUUUUUACUCGCUGCCACAUUUUGCCAUUAGGGCUAGGCGUAGGAUUUUGAUCGCCUUGGUUUGAUAAAAAGCUGCCUGUCAGGCAGCAACCAACACGCCAUAUACAGCGUGAACGUGCCGUGAAAUGAUUUUAGGCUGUUAGCACACAAGGGUUAGGUACUGACUGAAAGUUAAAAAAAGGCUGGACAUGUUUAUUUUUUUAAAAAAAGCUGAUUCAUCCGUCCAUUUGAACUCCA